GAAAAUGAGCUUUCGGAAAUCUAGGUUCCAGUCAAACGGUUGUUUGAGUUUGCAGGGAAAUUGUCUUUUUCUUUGUGGUUUGCGAUGAAUGAGGACAAUCUAAGGGCAUUUUACCAGAACACAUCAACUACGGGAUAUGUGGAGAAUGCCCUGAAUGCACGUCGCCAUCGGGAUAAAGUGAUACAGCAACUUCUGGAGAAGAAAAAGUUGCCGGAAGUUGGAUGGGAUGAUGAUCUUAUUGAAUAUGUGCUCCAGGAGCUCUCUUGGAUGGACACGAAUAGAUUUUCUUUUGUGGCAGGCGCCGGAGAGCGUGAAGGAAGGGUAUUUAGCAAUUUAGUUACCAAGAGGCAUUUUGGCUUUGCUCAUGGAAUUGGUCGUUCUGGGGAUCUCACAGAGCCUCAACCAAAAGCCAUUGGGUCUACAAUUCUCAAUGACAUCACAAAUAAGAUGUUGCUGGAUGUUGUGAAGGUGGCGGGUAUUCAGGCGGCGAAGAAAUGCCUUUUGGUUCCGAUGGCAACAGGAAUGACCCUCUCCUUCUGCUUUUCUCACAUCCGGAACACGAGGAAAACCCCUAAAGAUCGUGGUUUUGUGCUGUGGUCCCGCAUUGAUCAGAAAUCGUGCUUCAAGAGCAUGUUUUCAGCAGGGCUCGUUCCAGUAAUAGUUGAUACAUUAGCACAAGGAGAUCUUUUGAGCACGAACUUGAACGAAUUUAGGGACAGAAUUGUAGAUUUGGGUGCAGAAAACAUUGUCUGUAUCUUUUCCACGACCAGUUGUUUCGCUCCAAGAGGCUGUGAUGAUGUGAUAAAUCUGGCCAAACUGGCCAGGGAAUACAGCAUUCCCCAUGUAGUGAACAAUGCCUAUGGGCUGCAGAGUAGCCUCUGCUGUCACCAGAUUGAACAGGCCGUGAGAUUGGGUGGAAGGGUUGAUUUUGUGGUACAGAGUACAGAUAAGAAUCUCCUGGUUCCGGUUGGGGGAUCAAUUGUUGUAGCAUUUGAGGAGCAAAUGAUAGAUAAUUUAGCCAAAAGUUAUCCUGGAAGAGCCUCCAUUUCCCAAUCCAUCGAUGUCUUCAUAACUCUUCUGUCAAUGGGCGAAAAGGGCUUCCGGAAGUUGCUUCUGCAGCAGAAGGAAUGCUUUGAGAAACUCAAAAUAUCCCUCCAGGGCAUUGCAGAGGAAUUCAGCGAGACAGUUCUGGACACAUUCAAAGGUAAUCGAAUUUCUCUAGCUCUCACUCUCUCAAAGUAUUCCCACAAAGAUGGUUUAGCUGCGGAAAUCGGCUCGAGACUCUUCAGACGUGGAGUCACUGGAGCUCGAGUGGUUUCCGGCAAUGAGAUAAAAACCAUUGAAAAUCGCAUUUUUGAUACUUGGGGCAGUCAUACUUCCUCCCCCAAAAAUGUGCCGUACUUAACUGUGGCAGCUGCCCUGGGAUGUCGUUCGGAAGAAAUUGACACCCUCUGCGAAAAAUUGCGACAGAUUCUCAAGGAAAUUGAUAAGGAAGCAUUGCAGAAGCAAUGAAUAGAGGCAGAAUUUGUGUUUAUUUCUCUCGAUAAUUCAUUUAUCUCUCUGUGCGUUGUUGGGAAUUUUGUCGGAACAAUUUAGACCGCUCCCAUUUCCUGCUAAAGUUCACAAGCCGAAGAAGACAAAAGUCACAUGGAUGAGAUACUCCAGGCCAGAGGUAUUUUGCCUCCUGCUCACACUCUUUCGAUAUAAAUGGAUGAAAUAUAAAACUGUUACUGCAUAUUGAAA